AUGGGGACCUGGCUGCUCGCGCCUCUGGCGCUGAUUGUUGGGGCAGCGUGUCAAUUUCUUAUCCGCUUGACUGGCGCGAAGGAGGCGGAGGCGGAGCUCGCCGUCAGGGCAGAGGCGGUGGCCGCGGUGGCAGCCAGCUCUUGCGGCGAUGCCCUACCGCAGCCGCUGCUAAACCUGCCGCGCAGCCUCCGCCGCUACUUGGAGCGCGCAGCAUUCGGAGCUCAACAGUACACGGUGGUCAAGGGGCGCCAGGUUGGGGAGUUCCGGCUGGAGCCGACUGGCCCCUGGCAGGGCAUGACCGCCACUCAGGCCAAGCACCAGCCCGCUCGUUCCGACCUUCUGCUGGACGGCUGCGACAGCCUCGUGGGCGGCAAGGGCGGCAUGGCCUGGCGCCUCUGGGGCUGGCUGCCCGGCCUCGCAGCGAGCGGCCCAGCGCUGGACCGGGCGAUGCUGGUGCGCUGGCUGGCAGAGACGCCGGCGACCCCGAGAGCCAUGCUGCCCAGCGCCAUGCUGCGGUGGGAGGCGGUGCCGGGCUCCGACAGCGAGGCGCGUGCCGUGCUGACGCACCAGGGCAUCACAGUCAGUGGCACCUUUGCCUUUGGCGAUGACGGCCUGGUGAACAGCUUCCGCUCCGACGACUACAUCAGGGCGCUGCCGGGUGGCGGCAUGGAGCGCCUCCCUUGGGUGGUGCGCUACGGUGCCCACCGCUUGCUGGCGAUAGAUGCCAGGCCAAGCGGUGGCGGCACCACUGCAGCGGGCGGCGCCAUGUUUGUGCCCACGGAAUGGCAGGCUGCGUGGCUGCAGGCCGACGGCGACGAGCUGUGCUACGUGAGGUGCCGGCUGGAGGGCCUGGCGACGAUUGACCUUGCCUAA